AUCGCCUUCACCUUGGCCACUUUAGUGCCCAUACAGAAAGAGUUUGGGUUUGGCCUACUGACAAUCGGCUGCUCGCCCGGUGGUGGUGGCAGUAACAUAUGGACACUGUUGCUGGGCGGUGAUAUCAACCUCAGCAUGGUGAUGACCUUCAUCAGUUCUGUGACGGCAUUAGAAUCGUCGACUAACAUCUUCUCCGUUCGUCAGCUGAAGGAUCCUUAG